AGAGAAAACGUGAAGCUACGAAUACCGAAGAUGGGGAACACCAUGGGAAGGAGUAAAAAAGCCAAGGUGAUGAAAGUAGAUGGAGAAACGUUCAAGCUGAAGACUCCAGCCAGAGCAAACGACGUCGUCAAGGAGUAUCCCGGUCACGUUCUAUUGGAUUCCGAAGCGGUGAAACAUUUCGGGCUUCGAGCCAAGCCUUUAGAGCCUCACUACCAGCUGAAGCCCAAAAAAAUAUACUUCCUCGUUGAGUUACCCAAGAUUCAGCCCGAAGAGGACAAAACGGCACUGCCCAGGAGGGUGCGAUCCAGUGGUAUCCGCAGCAUGAACGCUAAGGAUAGACUCGAGCUCUUGAUGCUCUCCAAACGCUCCGUUUCAGACCUUGCCCUCGUGAAGCCUCCCCUCAAUCUGGGCAUGGAUGGGCCCAUGAGGGUUAAGAUGAGGCUCCCCAAGGCCCAAUUGGAAAAGUUGAUGGAAGAGAGUAACGACGGUUCUGAGGUGGCGGAUAAAAUCAUUAGCUUGUACAUGGGAACCAAUGCCGGCGAGGGCGGCGCCGUCGCCGCGGCGGAGGACGGUGGCGUGAGGGUGGUGCACCAUCACAAUCACAAGCCACGUGCGAAACGAGUGAGUUUCAGACCAGUGGAAAAUGAAGAAAUUGGUGUAGGAGAAGCUCCUCAAUAGUUACUAGUCAAU